AUGGGCCCUAUGAACGAGCCGCAAAUGCUCGGGCUCAACAUGAACAUGAACGGAGAGCCGUACGGUGGAUUUCACCCGCGGGGACACCCAGACAUGCACGCGGGCAGCGGACUGCCUCAGCAGCAGCAAGGACCCAUGCAUGGAUUUUUUAACAACCAGCAACCUCAUCAAGGACACCCGCACGGCCAUCCACCUCAUCCCCACCAACAUCACCCGCACUUCAGCGGGAACUUUGGAGGCCCUGAGCCAGGGUCAUCAUGCCUGCAUGGUGGCAGGCUAAUGGGCUACAACAACAAUGGCAUGGGACCGCAGCAGGGCUUUGGAGAAGGAUUUGAUCCUCUUGCUGAGGGACAGGCAGGGGAGGGCUUUGCACCGCCCCAGCAGCAGCAGCGGCCCAGCAACAUCCCUGACUUUCAGCAUCACGGGCCUCCCAGCGGCAACCAUGCCGUCCCUGCCCCCUGCCUCCCCCUGGACCAGUCCCCCAACAGAGCAGCGUCUUUCCACGGCCUUCCCUCCUCGUCAUCCAACUCGUCAGAGGCUCACCCUUUGGAGCCCCGACGGAUGCCCAACCAGGGAGCCGUGGAGGGAUUAGAGUACAACUUCCCUAAUGAGCCUCCGUCUGGACAUUUUGAUGUACCCGUCUUUUCCCCGUCAGAAUCAGAAUCUCAGUUGCCGCAUUUUGGGCCAGGAAGGCCUGUUCCCGGUGGCAGUUUCCCAGGGAACCCCGGCAUGCCACGGACCCCCGGUAUACCGGCCAUGUCUAAAGGACACCAACCGCCACCCCAACCCCAGCAGCCUCAGCACGGAGUGUUUUUUGAACGUUUUGGAAAUGUCCGGAAGAUGCCUGUGGGAAUGGAACCGGGAGUCAAUGCAAGGCAUCCCCUCAUGCAACAGCAGCAGGCUAGUUUAAUAGCUCGGCAAAACUCGUGCCCCCCCGGCCUCCCCCGACCCCCUCAAGCUGAGCCCGGCUCCACUAAUACCAACAUUCUAGACGGAGGGGUCAUGAUGCCUGGCCAACACAACCAGUUUGAAUAUCCAAUUCACAGACUGGAAAACAGAGGUUUGCACCCCUAUGGGGACCCCAUGUUUAAUAUGCAACAGCCAGCUCCGCCCCCUGCCCAACAGCCCCCAAACCAGAGGCUGCAACACUUUGACUCUCCAUAUAUGAACAUGGCAAAAAGGCCCCGAUUUGAUUUUCCAAAUUCGCAUAGCGGUGAGGGCUGGUGUGGCAGUAUUGAUAAUCACCUUUCUCCCUCUGCCUACCCGGGACUCCCCGGAGAGUUCACCCCACCUGUGAAUGAAGGUUUCCCACCUGGGCCCCUGCAGCACCCGGGGCCUGAGCCCCAGUCCCUGCAGCAGCGCCAGAACGCAGCCAUGAUGAUCAAACAGAUGGCCUCCCGCAACCAGCAGCAAAGGAUGAGGCAGCCCAGUCUGCAGCAGCUGGGUCACCAUGGCGAUGUGCCUCCUGGACCAAUGGCCCACGGAGGCCCGGUUGGGAGCAUGCCGCAGCCUAAUUUUGACCGGGAGAGCGGUGGCAGGAUGCCCAACAUUGAUGGACAAAACCCUCAUGUACCUCAGGAGAACUCCUGGUUUCAGGGGUCCCACCCACCAGGAGAGAUGAUGUCACGGCGUAUGGGUGGAGCGGGGAGCGAGUCAGGGCCUCAUGACAUAGGGCUGCAGCAGAAUGGGGCCGGGAUGAUGUUCAGGCCAGGUAUUGGUAUGCAGGAGCCCAUGAGAAUAGCCGGAGAUGGACAUGUGCAGACCCUCCAUUCCCCUGGCAUGCACUCCCAGUUUAGCGGCAACAUGGGCAACGUGUCUCAAAUGCAGUCUCCGGGAGCUGGAGCGGGACAUCCAAAUGCACCAGCGGAGAGGCGGCCAGCUGAUUUCCCUGCUCCUCCAAUGGGAGCGCAGCCACCGUUCCCUUAUGGGGGGGCCAAUCGCCAGGGGCCGGCCCACAGUGCUCCUCAGGGUGUGAACACCUCACCAGGGAGCUACCCUCCUCAGUCUGAGUUCCCCUCAGGCCAGCGGUCAUCUGUCAGUAAGCUUGGAGCUCUGUCCCUGGGGAACUUUACCAAAACCAGUGCUAAAGACAGUGUUUUUGGACAGAGCUGCUUAGCAGCCUUAUCCACGGCCUGCCAGAACAUGAUCGCAAGCCUAGGGGCCCCGAAUCUUAAUGUCACAUUCAACAAGAAGAACCAAAAUGAGGGCAAGCGAAAACUAAGUCAGACAGAGCAGGACAUUAAUAGCAGCACAUCUAAUGGGACUGGCAGUGCUGGUGCUGAAUAUUUUCAGAGCAGCACUUCCCAGAACAGCCAGAUGCCUGGCACCGGAAAUAGCAACGCUAAGCCUGCAAGUCAAAGCCAGACGGUGCAGGGGGAAGCCAGUGCCCUCUCCCCAAACUACAACAUGGACGCUACCCCGUGCAGUGAGGGGAAGGCAACAACAGGGAGUGGGAGAGGGAGAGGGAGGAGAAAAAGAGACAGUGGACAUGUGAGCCCUGGAAUUUUUUUUUCCUCUGAUAAUGGUAACCCUGUUGUAAGUCCAGGCCAGCACACCCCCUCGGCUGGCGUUGGGGAGAGGGGAGGGGGCACGCCUCACGAGAAACACCUCCAGUCACCCUCUUGGGGAAAAGGAGGUGACCUAAUGUUGGGGGACCAGGCUGACCUUAUGUCUUCUUUAGACAGCGGCAUUCAAAGUGUCGCUGCCAAAUCUGACAGCAGCUCACCAAGAAUGGACUUUCCUGACGAUGUCAGCACCCACUAUGGCAACGAGGACGAGGUGUCGUCCAGCUCGGACGCAGGGGGGGCCUCCGCCGCCAAGCCCAGUCGCAGCCCCAUGAUCACCGGCUCCCCUAAGAUGCCGAGGGGUGAUCAGGGGUUAAUAAAUGGACAGAAGCCCGUUGGAAUCGGCAUUAACAAUCACACUACCUCAACACCAGACAGCUACGGACUGAAUGCUGGUGUGGGCAUAGGGGCCAGUGGGGUCAGCCACCCAGGAACGCCCGGGGUGGUGGAGCAGGUACGCACGCCGUCCAGCACCUCUGGCCAGGACGAAAUCCAUCCCCUGGAGAUUCUCCAGGCCCAGAUCCAGCUGCAGCGGCAACAGUUCAGUAUCUCCGAAGACCAGCCCCUGGCUAUGAAGAAUGGCAAAAAGAACGGCGACUGUCCCACACAGAACGGAGACAAUGAGCUGGCAAGCUGCAGCCCGGAUGCUGGGAAGGGCUCAAUGGGCACUAUUGACCUUGACACCCUCAUGGCAGAGCAGCACGCCACCUGGUACGUGCCCAGUGACAAGGCCAUGAUGGACGGGUCGGAGGACGACAAAGCCAUGGGACCCUGGGAAAAAAACAAAAGCCAAAACAACAGUAAAGAAGAAUCAGAGCACUCCCAGAGUAAGGCUGGAACUGCGGCCCCCGGGGCUGGAGGAGGUGGGAGCAGUGGGGGGAACCACCUACAGUGCCUCUCUGUCCACUGCACUGACGAGCUGGGGGACAGUAAGGGCCGAGGGGGGCCAGUCUCCUCGUGGCGCUCUCUCCACUCUGAUAUCUCAAACCGGUUUGGGACAUUUGUGGCGGCACUAACUUGA